AUGCUGCGCGCCGAACCUUCCGCGGGGGAUCGCGGCCGCUCGCGCUUCUCAAAAGCCCUGCCCACCCCCCCCUCUGCUCCUGAUGCCUCGCGUCCUGUCGAUACCACCCGCCCGCCCUCGAAGCAGCUGCCCUCUGUGCCUCUGCUACCCAAACUCCUCGCCCGCAAACCCGUCAGAAAACCUGUCCUGCCCACGGCGGCGCCACUGCUUGAGAAGCCAUCGCCCAUGUCGCAUUCGCAACCCGAGCCUCGACAUCCGCCAUCGUCACAGCUCUCUCCAUCGCAGUCUGCCAGGUCAACUCUGCCGCCACCACCGCCACCCAUGUCGAUCCCCAGACGACCCGUGGUCCCCGCCAAGACCGACGCGACGGCGUCAUUAUCGACCAAGACGGCGCCUCCCACGGCGGAAGCGCCACCCGCGUCGCCAACGGACAGUAUAGGCAGCUUGUUGUCGGCGUAUUCGAGGAGCUCUGCAGGAGAGUCCAUUAUCAGGUCGUCGGACGGCGCAGGAAGCCAACGAUAUUCGGCAGUGACCAUGUCACCGCAAGAAGAGGUCCGGGGCGGCAGGAAGGACGGUUUGACACCGCUGCCGUCCGUACCCCAGGAAUACGAAGUUCCCAGAGGACGACUGCAGGAAUCAUCUCGCGACCUUGUUCUUGGCAAGGGCCUGCCCUCACAACCAUCGGUCGUCGAUGAGGGUCGCAAGCCAUUCCCGCCCCGAAAAGACUCUGCACGGGCGCCGACUGCUGGCGGCCCGACGACCAUCGUGGCCUCGUCCCCACAAAGAGACCAGCUCUGGCGCCGACGCUCUGGAAAGUCAGAUCGUGACAUACAGAUGCCCGAGCUAAAAUUAACCAACAGUCAUGGAUCGACCGCUGCCUCUCAGUUUCCUUCACACACAUCUAACGCUCCAGAAGUCCCCAACAAAGGCCCGGCGACGAAUCCAUUGUCACACGCCUCGCACGCAAAAUCGCAUUCACACGCCUCUGCACCUGCACCUGUACCUGCACCUGCAUCCGUGGCAGGCACUGAACACGCUUACUCACACGGUGACAAGACCAAUGUCACACCCAACAGCGACGACAUGGGCAACGAAGCAUCAAAGCUGAAGAUCAAACUUUCGCACCUGAACCUGCGUGAUCAGCGAAGUGUGGGCAGUCAACAGCAGGGACAUGGUGGCCUGGUGUCGAUGAGCGACUCGGCUCUUGAUCAGGUGCCACGCCUGCCCACGCCCGAAUAUCAGACGCAGGACAUUCGGACCCCACUUGUUGAUGGCAUCGUCUCGCCCCUCUCGCCGGCGCCAUCACCACACCCGCCCUCCGAAGAGCAACAGGCAGGUCCCAAGCCGCAGGCCAAGCCGUCUAUUCAGCGCAAGGCCAUCGGCGGGCGUGACCUACACAGCACAAAAAGCCUGCCGCAGAUUCGCACGGAAGGUCCCGGCAUCACAAACGCCGAGCCCUUCCCCCCGACACUCUCUACGCCCAUCAUCGCCCAGGGCGCCAUCGCCAGUCCCUCGAGCGCCCACGCCGCUGCAUCUGGCCAGCCACAGCCACAACCGCAGCCGCAGCCGCAGCAAGGGUUUCGGCCGCGCACAAGCUCGCGGUCACAGCAGCAGCGGCCUGCCGGCCUUCCGCUGGGGCCCCCGGCGCUCCGAGAGAAGAGAUCCCAAGCGUUGAGCCUGCGCAGCCCCCACCCUGGCAUGCAGCCGUCGCCCGAGUCGCGCACGUUCCCGGAACUGCGCGUUGAAGACCUGCCGCCGCCCAACGCGGCGGCGCUGCGGUUCCCGGCUACCGUCAUGACGUCUGCGCCGGCGGGCACGGUGUUCCCGGCGCUGCCGAUCAGGCCCAGCAUGGUGGACUGCCACCAGAAGCACCGGUUCAUCAACCGCAGCCGGCAGAAGAACUACGCCGUGGCGUGCCAGACGUGUCACAAGGCGGAUCGCGAGGACAGGUGGAAGUGCGCGGCGUGCGAGCUGCGCAUGUGUGACGGGUGCUUCCACUUUAUGAACAACAACGGGCGCGACCUCAACAAGCUGACCGACUACCUCGAGGCGCACCCCGGCGACAUGGCAGCGCCGCCGACACCGGUGGCGAUGCAGCACCCGGCGCGACCGGGCACGGGCAUGUCCAACUAUGGGUCGCGGCCGGGCACGAGCAUGUCGCAGCACGGGCCCCGACCAGGAACGGCCAUGUCGCAGCGAGCAUAG